AUGCAACAACAACCAAUUGUUCCUCCCGUUCAACAAACACAACAACAACAAAUCCCAGUCCCACAAACUCAACAAUACUAUCAAUCAAAAUCACCAAUACUUCCUUCACAACCUUCUUUGCCAAUAAAAACUCAAGAUGAUGGCGCAUUUCUUAAAAAUUCAAUUGAACAAACAGCCCCAUCUUAUCAAAAUAAUGUACCUAACGAUCAUCAUCGAAAUCUUCAAAAAGAUCACAUGUCUGUAUAUAAUGACGAUGCAUGGGAUCCAAGUUAUGAUAACGUUCAAACUUCAUCAUCUACUAAACCAUUACAACCAUCAACUUUUAAAGUUAUUGAUUCACAACCAACAUUUGCUUCAAAAGAUUUACAAAAAGACAAGAGUCCCGCUAUUCAAAAAGGAUUUAAUGAUGCCACAACUCAAACAGACCCUGAUCAUAUCGAUUUAACUAUAAUUAAUCUUAUGCAGCAAAAAUAUUUAUUCACCAUCACUCUACCAAAUAACAAAGUUAUACCUCCAUCAAAAUUAAGUCAAUUUAUCGAUGUUUUCACUGAAAGUCAAAAAACUUCUCUACCAAUUACCAAGAUUAAUAAUAAUGUUGCUGCUGUUACUACUGCACCAUCAUAUAGUUCAAAUAUAAAUAAUGAUUUAUUAAAAGACACCUCACAAAGUUAUCUUAUUAGAUUUGAUGAUAAUGAUUAUCAAAAAUCACCACAAGUAAUUCAACAACCAUCACAAAAAUCUCCGCAACUAACACACAACAAAUAUAAUGAUAAUGAAAUUUUGGAUACUGUUAGAAAAGACGACUUAAUUGCUCAUCCUCACCAACCUGUUCAACAUCAAAAAACACCAUCAUCUAAUUUUGGCAACGAUAACCAGAGAGGUUGGAUCGAUGGCAAUAUUCCUCAACAACAACAAUCUAAUUGGGGAAAAGGACCAGUUGCUACAUCAGAUGUUGCUCCAGUCGUAAAAAGUGCCGAAACAUGGAAUAAUGGACCACAAAAAUCUCCAUUACAGCAACAACAACCAAACCAAUAUAACGAUAACGGCAUUUCGGAUACCUCUGGAAAAAACCGUGACUUAAUUGCUCCUCCUCACCCACCUGUUCAACAUCAGCAAGCACCAUCAUCUAAUUUUAGCAGCAAUAGUCAGAGAGGGUGGAUCGAUGGCAAUACCCCUCAACCACAGCAACCUAUUCCACAACAACUCCCUCCACAAACACCACCAGUUGCUACACCAGCUGUUGCACCAGUUGCAACAGGUGUUGAAUCAUGGGAAAAUGAAGUUAAAGAAGAGGGUUGGUUGGAGAAAGCUGCUAAAUUUGAACAAGAAUUGAAUGUUGAUCCCAAAGUUCGAAUAGGUAUAGAUGAUGGAAGAACUAAUUCUACCACUGCCAACAAUAUCUCUCCUGCUGUAACUAAUAGUCACAGUAAUGGAUAUGGUAGAGGCGGUGCAAAUAAGGAAUAUCAAGGUAUUGGAAAUGGUUCAGGAAGGCCAAAUGCCAAAGCAUUAUGGGAUCAGUUACUUCGAGCAGAAACAGAAAACGAUCUACCAAAAUUCAAAAGAAUUUUUGAAGAAUACACUACUGCAGCACCUGUCGAGACAUUUCAAUCAAUCGCGAAAGAUUUAAGAAGUGCAAAAUCUAAUGCAAAACUCUUGGCUUUGGAUCAAAGCCAUACUAAUAAUAUUGCUUCUAUGACGUCAAGAUCAUUGGUUGAUUUACAAGGCAAUUGCGAUAAAAAAUAUCUUGUUUAUAUAACUUUUGGUCCACCAAAUAGCGUUCCACCAGAAUUGGGAAGAAUAGCAAGUAGCCAUAUUUCAAAAAAUUGCCCUGAAUCUAGUAGAAGAGACAAUAGGGGAGGAGAUAUUAAUAAUAGACCACCAUUGCAGCAGCAAUAUUCAUCUUCAACAUAUGAAAAUCGUAAUGGCGCUGGCGGUGCCAUGAGUGGAGGCAACGAUUAUCAUUUUAAAUCUUAUGAAUCUAGAUACAGUAGUGGCAGCGGAGGCAAUAAUAUGAUGGGUGGUGGUAGUAAUAAUUCAUCAUCAGCAAAAAAAUGCUACCAGUGUGGUUCUUCAGAUCAUAUUGCCCGUUAUUGUGAAGAACAACAAUCAAGAUUUGGUAGCGGCAGCGGUGGUGGUGAUAGAGGAGAUUAUCAACAACGAAGAGGUUAUAAUAAUAAUAACGGUUAUGACAACCCUGGAGUCAAAAUAACGAUAUUAAUAAUAAUAUGA